AUGCCAGCUCCAAGAUACUACCUGCAGAAGGCGAUGGCGACGCUCCUGGACUGUGUUUGGGACCCAACGGCCCAGCUCGCGAGCAUGUACAUCUUCGAAGACAUGAACCCUUUCCCUCCGAAAGACACCCCUCCUCAAGACCUUAUUGGUCACGUAUGGAAGAAACCUGUCGAAGACCUGCUCGACGCGAAGGACAUUUCUCUGCGCGUGCGGGACAAAGCACGUGGCCACGACUUCAUCUCGACAUCUGCCUCCUUGACAGGGAUCUUGCACCCCCCGAAGUGCGACUGGAGAUGUCAAGUCCGCCACAGCGCCAGAGUGCCCACUCCCUCUGGCUUCGUGGAGUACGAGGUCCAGUGGCAGUUCAACCCGGACCGCUACUGGGGCGGCAGGCACAGGAUGCCUGACCACCUACCGGAAGUCUUGCGCCGUGCGCUGCUGAUGCAGAACCUGUGCGAGUGGGCAGCCAUCGUGCUGAAGUAUUCGGUAGAAGCAAUCGUCAAGAAGAUCGAUCCCAACUCAGAGGUCCUCUGGAUGGCAGUCAUCCCUCGGCGCCGCUUCCAGUUCUUUUUCGGCGCCAGCCGUACCUGCUCAACCGUUCAUUCUGUCUUGCUCAUCCGCUCCCGGCUCGCUGGCAACCUUGUCCUCGACCCUACCGGCGAGCAGUACGGUAUCCCGCGCGAACACCGCCUCCUCCCCUGGCGCGUCUACAAGAAGCGCUACGUUGUGAGCCCCGGCCAGUGGUGUGGCGAAGGUGUCUGGUCGACGGGGACGGAGGCGUUCAUACACGGCCUUGAGGGCGGUGAGGACUGGCCGUUCUGGGAGUCAGUGAGGGACAUCACAGAUGCGAAUGUGGCUGCUUGGCUGCCGAGCGGUGAUCUGAGGGUGGUGAUGAACGAUGAGGGUCACUGGAAAAAGAAGGCCGAGCUGCUGGAGAGGUUGGUGGCGGAGGAGCUGUACUGGUUUCUCAAAAAGCCCAUUGUGGACGUCUCUUGCGCUUGA